AUGUUCACCCUCUGCGCCCGAACUCCCACAGCCUGCAACAAUUCCCACACCCGCGCUCGCGAGCGCUCCACACCGCCCGCCCCGCCCCCGAGGUACCUGAAACCCUUUGCAUCCACCCACCCGACUCCUCUCUCACCACCCAAACCGCCAGCCAGCCUCGCCUACGAUAAACCACAGCACUCCCACCAUCGUCCCACGCCGUCGAGGGCCGUUCCCCGACCGUCAGACACCGUGGCUGCCCCGCCCGCCCACCCCGGGUUUGACCAACCCCCGCCCGAACUCUCAUACCUCUAUGCGAGCACCCAGCCCGUCUCGCCCUCGUCGACUCUCCGCUCCGGCCCAGACAGCCUCCCAGACCCCUUCGCCACCCCCGUGCGCAAGCGGACCUCGAGCUCGGCCGCGAGCCAGCCGCCAUUGAAGAAGCAGAACAACGGCCGCCAGCCCGCUUCCUCCAACGCCCGCAAGAGCAGCCACCAGAGCAGCCGCACCAUGAGCGACGCAGACUCGGCCCAGGCCGCCCCGCCUGUCGAGCCUCCGCAAGCGAGCAAGCCCAAGCGCGUGCGCACCGGCUGCUUGACCUGCAGGGAGCGCCACCUCAAAUGCGACGAGGCUCUGCCCCAUUGCCAGAACUGCCGCAAGUCCAACAGGGUGUGCAAGCGCGGCAUCCGUCUGAACUUCAUCGACACCACCGUCCAGGCCCCGCCCGUUGUCCCCACCUCGCAGGACUGGAACAUCACUUUCCUCGACGAGUCCCGAGACAUCGCUUCCGAGUACAAGGGAGGUCUCAGCAAGUAUGGCGCCCCGGAAGUCCAAGCCACCACUCAAGCCAUGAACGGCUUGCAGUUGGAUUUUUCACAAGGCCCGCCUGCCGCUCCCGAGCUCUCGCACCAGCCUCUGCCGCCGAUUCACGGCGUGCUCCCCGACAUGUACGCCGAUGAUCAUAGCAACAUGUUGUACGAGACAACCCAAGCCCCCUCCAAUCCGCACGUGCAGCACGCCGGAAUCGACUUUUCCGCUUCGAGCUCCAUCCAGGCCGCCUCCGCCUAUAACAGCCAUGAGCCGACUACGUCACCGCCUGCAAGAUCCCGGGAUUAUUUAAACACUCAGGAAGAGGUUUUGUUUAUGCAAGUUUUUGUCGAAGAGGUCGGCUUGUGGAUGGACAGCAUGGACCCUCAGAAACACUUUUCUAGGCUGCUGCCGUUUCACGCUCUUGGCGAACCCAUGUUGCUGAAUGCUUUCUUGGCAUGCGGCGCCCGCCAUCUGUCCCUCGUCAAUGCCCGGUACACCGAAGACAAAGCACUGCAUUACUACGACACCGCCACAAGAUACCUGCUCAAUUCUCUGCAAAACCCCAACCGUGACACCGUCAUCUGCGCCACCACCGCUGUCAUUCUUAAUGUUUACGAAAUCAUGUGCGAAAAGGCUCUGCAACGAAUGAACCACAUCGCUGGCGCCCGUGCCCUCAUCAAAGAAUGCGGAUGGAACGCGAGGUCGACUGGAAUUGGAGCUGCCUGCUUUUGGUUGAACGUGGGGAUGGAGUUGCUGAGCUGUCUGCACUUCAAUUGGCAAGUGGCCUGGGACCCCGAUGACUGGGGCGUUGAUAUGGACUUUAGCCGCGAGACCGAGGCUGGGCGUGAAGAGAUGUGGACCUAUCGCAUAGUCUACGUUGUGGGCAAGAUCGCCAACUUUCGGGCGGGUAUCCCCAGAAAAUCCACGGGCUCUCCGCGAGACGACCAGCUCCGACUGCAGAAGAGGUUUGCUGAAUGGCAGAGGCUGAAAGAUUGGUGCGAUUCCUGGAACGAGUGCAUCCCUCGGACCAUGCACCCGAUGGCAUAUCUUUAUCCCUACCAGACGACGUCACAAUCAGCCUUCCCCGAAGUUUGGCUUAUCAAGCGGACAACCAUCGUGGCACGUCUCUUCUAUCACACGGCCAUGUGUUUGUUGGCACAGAUUAACCCGAUUGAAUCCAAGGAAGGUAAUGAGAUGCGCGACCUCCUGCAACGUCAUUCGCAACAAAUCUGUGGAAUCGUUGCGCAUGUUAAGGACCGUGGCGUUGCUAGCGUCGCCCUCCGUUCGCUCGCCAUUGCUGCCGAAUGUCUGACGAACCGGCGCGAGCAAGAAGAGGUGCUACAAAUCCUGGAUAAGAUACGUCAGGAAACCGGGUGGCGUGUUGCAUUCAUCAACACCGAACUCAAGAAACAAUGGGGAUGGCCGGAAGAUCCGCCGCAGCAACAGCAGCAGCCACAACAGCAACUUCCGACGCCAAACAUGGGCGGAGCUGCGCAGAUGCCGUACGUGGCCGCCCAAGCACAGGCACAAGCGCAGGCACAGGCGCAAGCUCAAGCUCAAGCUAACGCGGCGGUUGCUUCGGUGCAACCGCAGGCCACUUCGCUCCAACCAAUGGCGAGCCUGCAACCCACUUCGACCACCACGAACGUGAGCAAUCCCGCCCAAGUGGCAGUCGGAGCACCCACGACGGCCGCACCCCGACCCCGCCUACCUUCAGGUAUCCUCAAUCCCAUGCUCGCCGCUGCAGACUUUUCGAUGCCUCAACAUCCUUAUCAGAGUUACUAUGUCGCGCCCAACAGCAUCAGCAGCGGAAACAGUUGGGCUUUUAAUACGUAA